AUGGUUGCAGCAAUAUCACUUCUGGUGAAAAACCCUGAAGCGCUUACAAAGUUAAGAGACGAGAUAGACUUCCAUGUAGAAGAAGGCCGUUUUAUAUCGGAGUCGGAUCUUCCAAAGUUACCGUACCUCCAAUGUGUAAUCCAAGAAUCACUUCGACUACAUCCACCGGCACCAAUUCCAUUACCACACAUAUCGUCGGAAGAUUGUACUAUCGCUGGUUAUGACAUUCCAAGAGGAACAAUGUUAUUGCUCAAUGCUUGGGCCAUUCAGAGAGAUCCUAAAUGGUGGGAAGAACCAACUAAAUUUAAACCAGAGAGAUUUGACCGUGAAAGUGCUAUUAAGGAAGGGAAAAUGGAUGGAUUUAGGUGGAUUCCAUUUGGCGCGGGUCGGAGGGGUUGUCCCGGUUCAGGGAUGGCUUUUCGUGUUACUUCACUGGCUAUCGGUGGUCUAAUUCAGUGCUUGGAGUGGAAAAAGAUUGACCAUGAUGAUGAAAUGAUUGCGGAGGAAGGGGAUGAACCUUCAUCAAGCGCUAUGUUUAGACCUCGGUUGGCUAAGAAGGAUGUUCUAUCUCAAAUCUGA